AUGGGUCUCUUCUCAAGUUUCCUCGCAACCUUCUGCGAGCACUGCUCGACCCAGUCAGUCUACACUUUGGCUAGUGUUGGAGCACUGUCGUUCAUUGCGCUGUCAGUCGUGAUCAAUGUGCUCCGUCAGCUCUUUUUCAAGAAGGUCCAUGAGCCCCCCGUGGUCUUCCACUGGUUCCCCUUUUUUGGAAGCACCAUCAGCUAUGGCAUGGACCCAUACACGUUCUUCGACAACGCCCGCGCAAAGUAUGGCGACAUCUUCACUUUCAUCCUCCUGGGCAAGAAGACCACCGUCUACCUAGGCACCAAGGGCAACGAGUUCAUCCUCAAUGGCAAGCUUCGUGAUGUGAACGCCGAAGAGGUUUACUCUCCCCUCACCACCCCCGUCUUCGGUCGUCACGUCGUCUACGAUUGCCCCAAUGCUAAGCUCAUGGAGCAGAAGAAGUUUGUCAAAUUUGGUCUUACUUCCGAGGCCCUUCGGUCUUAUGUUCACUUGAUCACCAAUGAGGUUGAUGACUUUGUGAAGAGCUCACCCGCUUUCCAGGGCACCAAGGGUACUAUCAAUGUUUCGAAGGUCAUUGCCGAAAUCACAAUCUACACAGCAUCCCGCUCGUUGCAAGGACAGGAAGUCCGCGAUCGAUUCGACUCGACUUUUGCUGAAAUGUACCACGACCUCGAUAAGGGUUUCGCUCCUAUCAACUUCAUGCUGCCAUGGGCCCCGCUCCCCCACAACCGCAAGCGCGAUGCUGCCCAGAAGAAGAUGACCGACACAUACAUGGAUAUCAUCAAGGCGCGCCGUACAUCUGGUGAGAAGAAGGACUCCGAGGAUAUGGUCUGGAACUUGAUGUCGUGCACUUAUAAGAAUGGCACCCCGAUUCCCGAUGAGGAAAUUGCCCACAUGAUGAUUGCGUUGCUUAUGGCAGGCCAGCACUCUUCCUCCUCUACUGCUGCCUGGAUUGUUCUGCGCCUGGCCGCCUGCCCCGAGAUUGUGGAGGAGCUUUACCAAGAACAACUCCAGAUUCUGGGCUCUGACCUCCCUCCUCUCACCCACGAAGGACUCCAGAAGCUCGACUUGCACUCCAAGGUGAUCAAGGAAACCCUCCGUAUCCACGCUCCGAUCCACUCGAUCAUUCGCGCCGUCAAGAACCCCAUGCCCGUGGAAGGCACCUCUUAUGUUAUCCCUACCACUCACAAUGUCCUCUCUUCUCCGGGUGUUACUGCUCGCUCUGCAGAGUUCUUCCCCGAGCCUCUGAAGUGGAACCCCCACCGCUGGGAUGAGGCUGAGACUACCAAGGAAGAAGAUGAGGAGCAGAUCGACUACGGUUAUGGACUGGUUACCAAGGGCACAAAUAGUCCUUACCUGCCUUUCGGUGCUGGUCGUCAUCGCUGCAUUGGUGAACAGUUUGCCUAUGUGCAGUUGGGCACAAUUUUAGCUGCGCUAGUGAGACACUUCAAGUUCUCCAAGCCCAACGCUGAUACACCCUUCCCCGAGACGGAUUAUUCAUCCCUCUUCUCCAAGCCUCUGGGUACAUCGUUUGUUCAGUACGAGAAGCGUGGAGUUAAAGCAUGA